GAGUGGGAUGGGACUUCCGGCGCCGCGUUAUUUUCUUUCCGGUGGUUGGCCCACUGCUCUCACAGCCCGGGCCCUGAGCCCUCCGCCCCGCGGCCCACGCCGCUGGGCCGCCGUCGCCGCCAUGAAGAAGUUCUUCCAGGAGAUCAAGGCUGACAUCAAGUUCAAGAGCGCGGGGCCCGGCCAGAAGCUUAAGGACUCCGCAGGGGAGAAGACCUCUAAAGAAAAGUCAUCGCAGCUGGCCCUCCGGCCACCCCGCCAAGGUCCCACCGAUGAGGCACAGAUGGCUGCUGCCGCUGCCCUGGCCCGGCUGGAACAGAAGCAGCCCCGAGCCAGGGGCCCUACAUCUCAGGACUCCAUCCGGAACCAGGUGAGAAAAGAACUGCAGGCUGAAGCCACCUCCAGCAACAGCCAAGGGACUCCCGGGACCAACUCGGUACCUGAGCCCAAGGAGGAAAUCUCUCCCCACUUGGCAGUGCCUGGUGUAUACUUCAUCUGUCCGCUCACAGGUGUCACCUUGAGGAGGGACCAGCGGGAUGCUCACAUCAAGGAGGCCAUCCUGUCGCACUUUUCCACAGACCCUGUGGCAGCCUCUAUUAUGAAGAUACAUACAUUCAACAGAGACCGGGACCGCGUGAAGCUGGGUGUGGACACCAUUGCCAAGUACCUGGACAACAUCCACUUGCACCCAGAGGAGGAAAAGUACCAGAAAAUCAAACUGCAGAACAAGGUCUUCCAGGAGCGUAUCAACUGCCUAGAGGGGAGCCACGAGUUCUUCGAAGCCAUUGGCUUCGAGAAGGUGACACUGCCUGUGCCGGAUCAGGAAGGCUCAGAGGAGUUCUAUGUGCUGGGGGAGGCUGCACGAGCGCACCCGGAAAGCCUGGAGCAGCGCAAGCAGCAGCUGCUGGACGCCGAGCCAGUGCGGGCCAUGCUAGACCGGCAGUGCCGAGUCUUCCGUCCCUCAGCCCUGGCCUCACACUUUGAGCUCCCUGCCGACUUCUUCAGCCUCACAGCCGAGGAGGUGAAACGUGAGCAGAGGCUCAGAACGGAAGCCGUAGAGCGGCUGAGCUCACUUAGGACCAAGGCCAUGAGGGAGAAGGAGGAGCAGCGGGAGAUGCGCAAGUACACUUACGCCCUUCUACGCGUGCGCCUGCCUGAUGGCUGCCUGCUGCAGGGGACCUUCUAUGCCCGGGAGCGGCUAUCUGCGCUCUUUGGGUUUGUGCGUGAGUCACUGCAGAAUGAUUGGCUGCCCUUUGAGCUGCGGGCCUCAGGCGGGCAGAGGCUGGCGGAGGACGAGACUCUGGCCCUGAACGAGUGUGGAUUGGUACCCUCUGCACUGCUGACCUUCUCUUGGGAUGCUUCAGUGGUGGAGGACAUGAGGGCCGCAGGGACCGAGCCAGCCACAUCUGUCUUGAGGCCUGAGCUACUUGCAGCCAUCCAGCCACUCUCCUGAAUAAAAGCAGGCUUGGCCCAGUGUGGCUCCGUCUCAUGCUGCUCCCAAACUCAUUCCUUCCCCUCUGAGCCCCCAGCAGGAAGAGGGACACCAGUGGCAGUAGAGAUGGGAACAAAGUCCCACCUCAGGAGAAGAAU